UUGGAUCUUGCAGGAACUUGCAGGAUGACAAAGUUGACAAGCUUUUUGACGGAAUGCACACAAAUAUCUUAAGCCUUUAAAAAGAUGAUGCGAAGACCUCAGACAACAACUGCCAAAGUUGUUGAGAACAACACGGACUCCGACUUGUCCACCAUACUGAUAAGUGAUGAGGAUAGUGAUGAAUGGACACCAGCAGAGCCAAAACUUAAAGCUCCCACUACUACGGCGCGAGCUCCUGCAGUACCCGGGGAGAAGAAAGCAGCUCCCAAGAGAACUGCUAAACCAAAGGAGCCAAAAGCACCCAAACCUCCUAAACCUCCUAAAGAGCCUAAAGUUCCUAAGCCAAGAGCACCACGUAAAACUGCAGCAGAGCGAAAAACACAGGCCUCGAAAGUUGUGAAGGGUUCCAGGACAUCUGUGUUGGCUGGAACAAAAAGGAAACAUAUUGAUGAAGGCACAAAUGAUGACAAGGCUGCAGAAAAGAAAGAAGAAAAACACACAGACUGUGGGCCAAGUACCAAAAUGAAGAAAGAGAGGGUAUCAUUCAUCGUGUCAGAAGCGAAUCAAGAGGACAUGUGGGCAGGCGAGGGGUCAUCACUCGCUGGACUUAUAGCAAAGAAAGAGGAAGUGGAGGAUUUCACAUUUGAUGAGCCUUGUCUAAAGAAACAGAAGACCGGUGGUGCCUCCCUGGGACAACCAAGUGCUUUACCAUCGUCCACAGCAAACACUCUGAGGAAUGAACUCAAUAUGAACUGGGACUUCAUAGAGGUAAUGUAGGGUUUGUCUUUGUAUUUUUAUUUGUUAGAAAGUGUUUUAUAUUUUGGUCAGAUGGUGGAAGCAGUGACUGGCUAACAAAACACCAGUGCUCAUCCAUAUUUCUACCUGUGUUCGCAAAACUUAACAAACUCAGUUAAAAAGACACACUAAUCAACAGGGUUCUUACGGUCAUUAAAAACCUGGAAAAGUCAUGGAAAUUCAAAAUGCUAAUUCCAGGCCCUGGAAAAGUUAUGGAAAACAAUAUUUUUCCCAAAGUUUUGGAAAAGUCAUGGAAAUGUAACUUAAGUUGAAUCAAAUAUCAUUUAUAUUUUAUCUAAUCGCCGAAAUAGUAAUACUAUAAUAAUACUGUAUUGUAUAGAAAUGAAAUGGCAUUUAACUGUCGAGGUGUUUUGCUGGUGAGAGAUUUUAGUUGCUUUAGUGUGUAGAAGCUAGUAAGCCAACUAUUUGAUUUGUUUUAGAUAGACAGAACAUGUUUCAUAUGCAGACCUUAUUUUCCUGUUCCAUGUUAAAAUAAACCAUUU